AUGACGCAAGAAGAAUAUGCUUUAGAUUUAGAUAAAUUUAUUGUCAGGUUUAAAAAAAAUAGCAAAUACCCUAUUAAAAAUUAUAAUCUAGACAAAAUGGCUACAACAUAUAAGGAAUAUAUUUAUUUUGAUAUUAAUGGAUGGAUAGAACAAAAGAAAUAUCAGUUAAGUCAACGACUAGAUAAAGAAGCACAUGAUCUUGUUAAGGAAAUAUUAGAACGACAAGGUUACAGAGGAGAUUAUAGUGCACAAUGGGGAUUUCAAAUUGUUUAUCAUCUAUGGAGAUAUAUGAUAGAAUCUUUACAGAAUCCUGAAAAAUAUCUUAAAAAAUAUCUUAAAAAAUAUCUUUAA